UUCUUGGGAACUUUGAAAGCGGAAGCUGAAAUGCACAGCCUUGAAGCGCUGAAAUCUUGCACAUGCACUCAAACUGAGAGGAGAGAGGCAUCCACUAGCACUAAGCAGCAUUGAUUUAAAGGCAAAAGAUAAAAGAAAAAAGAAGGAAAAAAAAACCACCUUAAUCCAGCAAACAAUGUAGUUAUUUUUUCCUGUUACAUUUUUGAAGCAGAUUUGUGGGGUUCUUCAACAUGAUGAGGGAUUGACAUUUUUAAUGGUUAAUAAAAACCCAAAGAGGAAUGAAUGUGUGAUCCAAGGAAAUGCAUGUAUAUUGCAAGACUGCACUGAAGAUCUUAAUGUUUUUAAAGGUGCGCUUCAGAUAAUGUACGAGUCUGUGAAGUGCCUCUAUCAUACCGUUGUGAAGAAAAUAAACUAACUUUGCAGUUCGUUUUGUUUGAAAGCGACAUGGCUUUGCAGAAGGACCUGUGUGAAGAAACAGUCAGUUCCGUGGCCGUUUUGCGGUCUAUUUCGGCAGACUUUUGACAUGUUUGAAAGGCAAUAUUAAAUUGCCAAGUCAAGUGAGUGAUACCGAAUAUUCCUGUCGACACCUGUUUCUGCAUCAAUAUUCAAUUGGAAUACUGCUCCGUCCUACAGAUGUCCCAGGAAAACGCAGAAAACAAGACAAGAUCCAAAAGGAAAAACAUGCACCCUCUUACCCCAUGGAGACAUGGCAUAUAGGUUCCUUAGCAGCCGAGUCGUGCCAUCUUCAAGCAGGCUAAGCAGAAGAUUCCUUUUCAUCUUCACGCUUUCUUUGUCGUUCACCUAUUUAUGUUACAGCCUCAUAUUUUGCUCUGACACCACUAUGCAAAGCCCGGGUUAUGAGCAACACAGGUGCCUGCUGUUCCAGAAUGUGGGGGGUAAAAAACUUCUUCAGAAGUCCCACUACUGCACUAUGACUCGGGGGGACCCGAAAGGGCUGCGUGAUGUCGUCUCGAACGUGGGUUUGACUCACAACGGACCAAGCCCGUCCCAGAACCAAAGCAAACAUUCUGCAGCGUUCCUGAACACCGCGCGGAGUACUGCUGCCCGGGAUCAGAAAGCCAAUAACAACACUGCCACCCCAAAAUUUGGGAACAAGAAAUUGCCCAAUUCUAUUAUUGUUGGAGUGAAGAAAGGGGGCACGCGGGCUGUGCUGGAGUUCAUCAGGGUUCAUCCAGAUGUGCGGGCAAUGGGCACAGAACCGCAUUUCUUCGACAGGAACUUCGAUAAGGGAUUAGAUUGGUACAGGAGUCUAAUGCCCCGUACUCUCGACACCCAGAUCACCAUGGAGAAGACCCCCAGCUACUUUGUCACCAAGGAGGCCCCCAAGCGGAUCUCCAACCUGUCCAGAGAUACCAAGCUGAUAGUGGUGGUCCGCAACCCUGUGACCAGAGCCAUCUCGGACUACACACAGACCCUCUCCAAGAAACCAGACAUACCCAGUUUCGAGGACCUGGCCUUCAAGAACCGGAGCCUGGGGCUGGUGGAUACCUCCUGGAACGCCAUCCGCAUCGGGAUGUACGUCCUGCACCUGGAGAACUGGCUGCAGUACUUCCCCCUGUCCCAGAUCCACUUCGUGAGCGGGGAGAGGCUCAUCACCGACCCGGCCGGGGAACUGGGAAGAAUCCAGGACUUCCUGGGCCUCAAAAGAAUUGUGACCGACAAGCAUUUCUACUUCAACAAAACAAAAGGGUUCCCCUGCUUGAAAAAGCCAGAGAGCAGCAGCUUACCCCGUUGCCUUGGCAAAUCGAAAGGCAGAACUCACGUCCAGAUAGACCAGGAGGUCAUUGAGCAGCUCCGAGACUUUUAUAGGCCCUAUAACUUUAGAUUUUAUGAAAUGGUUGGGCACAAUUUUAGGUGGGACUAGUUUUGAGGGUACGUAGCUGUAUGGUACAGAACAGUAAAUUAAAAUGACGUCUUCCAUGCAGUCUGGAUUAUGUCACUUAGUCAAGGGCAUAAUUGCCGGCUCCCCACUAUCAUAUAUUAGGAGCCUUCUGGUGCAAUAUGUAUUCAAUAGUAAUUGGCUGAUGAAUUAUGAUUAAGGCAACAGCGAUUAGUUUAUAUUAACUAAUGUAAAAACAAAUUUAAAAAUUAACUAAAUAAAAUAUUCCAAAGGCAUUUCAAAUAACACUUCAGUGCAUCACAGUAGCCCGUAAUUCAAGGCGUAAAAUUAAAGUGUGAUUUUUUUGUAUUAUUAUUAUUCAUUUAUUUUUUUAUCCAGAGAUAUAUGUGACAGUACUAGAUAUUAUUCUCAUUCCUUCCUACCAUAUAGCAUUGUAACAUCAUCUAAAGGAAUCAAUCAUGUCUUCAUUAUUAAUAAUAUUAAUAACAGCAACAACAACAAUGAUAUGUAGUUAACCAGUGACUCCUCCUGCCGUUAUCACACCAUCAGCACUGUAUAGAUCAUUCAAGACUCAAAACGACAGGACUGAAAUAAAAGAAGAACUGUGUAAUUGCUUAAUUUCUGACCUACUAUACUAGGACUGCAAGCUUAAGUGCUUUUAAAUGAUUACCUUUUUGCUAUAUGAAGCGCUAAUAAAUAAACACGUACAUAAAUAAAGAAAUAUAACCAUGCAAAUGCUUGAAACAAAUGUCAAACUUGAUUGUAUUGUAACAAUAUUUUGUCCUGUGAAUAAAGCACAGAUGUAUGCUAUGGCAAUAGGUAUUGCACCUGUUCUAUUGUGUUGGGGUGGAAGGGGGUAUGCAAAUUAAAGAAGACAUGUUGUAAUAUUUCUAAAGCAAUGUAUACAACAGAUGUUGAGAGGGAAUAACUUCAUAUUCGACACUCGUUGUAAUUUGUAGAUUUGGAACCCCAAGCUGUAGCAUUCGGUAGGCUUUCUCAGGAGCUGUAAAAGAGUCUCUGUGAUCUGCUGCACAUGUCAAAGCCUGAAAAAGACUUGAACACAGCAUGAAACUCACAAGUGAAAACUUCAGUAUGUAGAAACAGAUCAAUCAAACCCCUAACUGCCCAUGAAGCAGUAGAAAUACGCCAUCGUAUUCGAUAUACUAAUUCAUAUCUCACUCAUUUUUUUCACCUUGCUCAUACGCAAGCUCAUCCUGUCUUUUAGAGCACACAGUAACUGCUGAGCACAUCUGCUUGCGUUGCAUUUAUUUGCAGCAGACACUGAGCUCCGUCGGUGAGGUGCUGUGAUUUUAACUAGAAAUCCUUGUUGCAUAUAUGCCUGUGACUACAGCAAUUAUUGUGUGGUGUCAGGGGUAAUUUUAAUGUGCAGGUCCAAAUAGCCCAGCCCACCGUAAAUACCAUCGAUGUUAACCACAGCCAUAUGUAAGAAGCGCAUGAUGAAAAAGGAGCCUUGAGGCACAUCAGAUACAGAUAGAAAAUGAAAUGAAGAGCCACAUUAAUGAGAUCAGCCUGAUUCCAUUUUCCAAAAUACAGUAUAAGCUUGACAAUUGCCUAAAAUAUAUAUAUAUAUACACUGUAUAGCUCACGACUUCAAAG